AGAGUGGCACAGUGCUCUCGGGUACAUGUUGGCUCUCGGGGAUGGCCAUCGAUGGUCGCCGUGCCCUCCUUCCAUCUCAGCAUAUUCUGUGAUUCCGUGAAACUCCUAACGCCAGGUGAGCUCUAAAAAACACCAAACCCCUCCCCCCGUCGUCCCGAGAAGAAUUCAAAGCAGUCCGGUAUGGAAACCCGGCCCUUUCCUGGGCCGAUGGCAGGAAGCGGCAGGAGGCGGUAGGGAGAGGCAGGAAAGCGGCAGGAGGCGGCAGGAAAGCGGCAGGAAAGCGGCAGGAGGCGGCAGGAAAGCGGCAGGAAAGCGGCAGGAGGCGGCAGGAAAGCGGCAGGAAAGCGGCGGGAAAGCGGCAGGAGGCGGCAGGGAGCCCAGCGGAGGCACGGGGCCCGUCCCCGCAGCGCCGCCUGCCCGCGGCCGCGCCUGCCCGCGGCGGGAGCGGGGAGCGGCCGUGAGGCGGGGCCGUGAGGCGUUCGUGUCCCGGCCUGAGGCGGGGAGCGCUGCCGUGGGAGACGAGGGAGGCUUGAAGCGAGAUGCGGUCAGCGCGGGGGCCCGGCGGGAUGGCGGGGAUCCCCGGCGAGCUCAGCCUCAUGGAUAAGGGCGUUAAGAGCCUGCGGGAUGUGUCCCUGAGCUCGGACCUGCACACCCUCAACGCCCACUGUAACCUCAUCGCCAGGAUCCAAGGGCUCGAGCACCUCCGGAAUCUGCAGCACUUGGAUCUGUCCUCAAACCAGAUCCGCCGCAUCGAGGGGCUCGGUUCCCUGGCUAAGCUGCGCACCCUGAGCUUGUCCUGUAACCUGCUGACCAAAGUGGAAGGACUGGAAAACCUCUUUAAUUUAACUAUGCUGAACUUGUCAUAUAAUCGCAUACAUGAUCUCUCUGGAUUUCGAUCCCUUCAUGGAACCAGAUAUAAGAUUAGCCACAUUGACCUUCACAGCAACUGUGUAAGCAAUAUUAAUCACUUAGUGCAGUGCACGAAGGGGCUGUGCUGUUUGACAAGCCUCACACUGGAAAGAAAUGGGAAAGCCAAUCCAGUUUGUCACACAGCAGGUUAUAGAGAAACUGUUCUUCAGUCACUGCCCCAGCUAACAGCUCUAGAUGGAAGAAAUAUUUCUGGUGAAUCAGUGGACCUGGUAGAAGAAAACUAUUCAGACUUGCGGUGUUUUGAAGACAUUUUGGGCUCUUUGGUUUCAUCUGGAUGCCCUUCUUCCCAAGAUCAGAACAACGUUCCCUUACUGCUGGCGACACCACACAUUGACCAGGCGCUGGCUCAGUUUCGGCAGCGUGCAACGAUGCCAGUGCAAGGUGCCACCAGCUCCUCCACAGAGCUUCUCUCAUCUUCUGAACCCGAGAAGACCCAGCUUGAUAAAUUACACAGUGAGAUGAGGAUUAAAAGGAUAGAAGAUCAGAUUUUAGAGAUACUGCAAAAGGUAUCUGAUAAUUCAAGACAGGAAGCUGCUCCAAGUGCUCUCAAAGCUAAGAGAGACACAGAUCCAACUUCUGAGAGUGAUAAUGAGAGUGGAAAAGAGAACAGCAGAAAGGUCAUGAAAGGAAGCAAGAUCCCCACUUACCGUAAAACUGCCUUAAAUACCAAAGGCCAUGCAAGUCAUCUAAAGAAAAAAAUAACUGACAGGGAAGAGAAGAAGAGUUCCUUGAAGUGUCCAUGCUCCAGUGAGAAAGAUUCUCAUUUUGAAGUAGUGGGAAGAAAAGCUGAAAUACUUACUGGAAGACAGAGCAAUAUGGAAAAAGUAGAAGAAUGUAAUUCAAAUCCCAUAGAGGAAUCAACAUACCGAGCACUGAUUCAAGAACUGGAUCAGGAGAAAGAAAGGAGGUGGAAAGCAGAGCAAGCAGAGAAGAAAUUAUUAGAGCAUGUCAGUGAGCUACAGAAGCAUGCAAAAGAAGAAAAGAAUAUUCAGAGCAUGACUAUGUACACUACAGACAGGUUAAAGGAAUUGAUCCUGAAAGAGAGAGAUGCCAAAGCAAGACUGCAAGCAGAUGUCCAGCAGCUGAAAGGUGAAACUGAAAGACUUACCAAUGAGCUAAAUCAGGCAAGAAAUAAAGAAGCAGAACAUCAGAAGGCCAUGCGAGCUUUAGAAGAAACACUAUCCAAGAUGGAAACAGAGAGACUGCAGCAGCGAGCAGUGGAGAUGAAACAGGUGCAAGAAGCAGAGCUUAAAGCAUCAGCAAAUGAAAGAGAAGUACAGUUACUCCGAAUAUCCGUCCGACAACAGAAGGAGAAGGUAAAACAACUGCAUGAGCUGCUUGUAUUGAGAGAGCAAGAGCAAAGGAAAGAACUUGGAACCCGAGUUGCUUUAAAUGGACCUGAAUUUCAAGAUGCUUUGUCAAAAGAAGUGGCUAAAGAGGAGCAGAGGCAUGAACAGCAUGUUAGAGAAUUGCAGGAGAAAAUUAACACAUCAAACCAGAGGUAUAGAGAGUUAGAAGAUGAAUUUCGUUUAGCUUUAACUAUUGAAACAAAAAGGUUUAAAGAGGUAAAACGGGAUUUUGAAAAAGUUUCUGCUAAUCUAGUUGAACACAAACAAGCCCUCUUUGAGUUGGAACAAAGGGAAAAAUACAUGGCAAGUCUGAUCCAAGACCUGACAAAUUUGGUGGAAGAACAGAAAGCAAAAAUUGCAGAAUUAACAAAAUCAAACGAAGAAGCUACAACAAACCUAAAGUGUCGAACUGGAGAACUUGAAACUGUGAUUGAGGAGGACAAACAAAAGGCUGUUCAAGUUGAACUUCUGAAAAAGGAAAAUGGAAAACUUAUUUCCCAGCUGACAGCCCAGGAAUCUGUGAUUGAUGGAUUAAAAAUGGAAAGAAAAAUAUGGGGCCAGGAGUUGGCAGAACAGGAGAAGUUUUCAAAAGGGAUAAAACAGAGACCUUCAGUUCUGCAUUUCCUCUUAAGUGUUACCUACCUACAGAUAAAAUCCCUACAGUGUUUCCAGUGGGCUAAACAGUCAAUACUUUGGUUUGUAAAGUUCCUACCUUCAUUUCCCCCAGCCCAAUCUCCUGACAUUCCACAUCUUGAAAUCGUCUAUAAAAUGAGUUGCUGUAAUGUGAAUAUCCUGUUUUGUCCAGGAGCUCAUCUUGCGCAAGAUCGGGGGAAACUGGAGGCAAAAAUUGAAGUUUUAACAAGUGAGAUUGACAUGUUAAAAAAGCAAAAGGAACAGGACAGUGAUACCAUAAAAAUUAAAAACAAAAUAGUGGAUGAUCAGACAGAAACAAUUAGGAGACUAAAAGAAGGCUUACAAGAAAAAGAUAAACAAAUCAAAAAACACCAUGAAGAAAAUCGGGAAGCUCAGAAACUGCUUCGAGUACAAUUGGAUGAUAAAGCUGCUGAAUGUGAAAAGCUAAUGGAAAAAAUAGAAAGGCAAAAUGAAAAAAAAGAGGAAUUAAAACAACUGCUAGAAGAAAAAGAAUUAGAACUUGAUGACAUUAAGAAUGCACACAGUGCACUGAAAAAGAGGUGGCAAGGUAAAGGAGAGCUGUUAAGCCAGCUGGAGGUGCAGGUUAAACAAAUGAAGGAGAACUUCGAUUUCAAAGAGAAGAAGCUGAUUGAAGAGAGAAAUAAAAGUCUUCAAACUCAAAGGAUUGCUGUGGAAAAGCUUCACCAAAUGGAUAAUGUUUUCAGAAAACAACUUGAGUCAGUACUGGCAGCACAUCAGGAAGAACUCUUGCACCUGAAAAAUGAAAAGGAAAAACAAAUUGAAGCAGCAAAUGAAAAAGUCUACUCUGUUGAAGAGGAAAUGCGGGAGCUUCUGCAAGAAAUGGCAAACAAUAAAAGAGCCAUGGAAAAUAAAAUACGACGACUUACACAUGCAUUGAAUGAUAUUCAACAAGACUUUGAAGAUUAUUAAUAUUUAUACUAAAAAUGUAUAUUACACAAGCAGUUUCAUCCACUACAAUGCACUUUUCCUUGUUUUCUAGAGAAUUAAGUAUUUGUUGUAUAUUUUGAUGGUUCAGGGAGCAGACAAAUGUUUGUAUAUUAUUUUCAUAAUAAAUAGUUAUUUCUAA